AUGCCUCAGCCGGAUAGUCAGGCUCCUAUGCCUCAGCCGGCUUGCCAGGCUCUCACGCCUCUGCCGGUUCGGCUGAGUUUCACGCCCAGCCCGGCUUGUCCAGCGCCUGUUUUUCUGGACAUGACCUUUGGAGGUGGAGGUCACACCAAAGCCAUCCUGAGGGCCUCUCCUGAAGUGACAGUAGUGGCCCUAGACCGAGACCCCACAGCAUUCAGCUUAGCUCAACAGCUGGCCAAGGAACACAGUGGCCGGGUGCACCCGUUGCUUGGGCGUUUCAGUGAGCUGGGAGCCCUGCUGUCUAGACUGAGGUUGCAGCCAGGUAGUGUGGAUGCUGUUCUUCUGGAUGCUGGCUGCUCCUCCAUGCAGAUGGACUGUCCCGAGAGAGGCUUCUCCCUCAGUAAGGAUGGCCCUCUGGACAUGAGGAUGGAUGCAGAUAGGUACCCCGACAUGCCCUGCGCCGCUGACGGUGUGAACGCCUUAGAUCAACAGGCUCUUGCGUCCAUCCUCACUGCCUAUGGGGAGGAGAGGCACGCCAGGAAAAUAGCCUCGGCCAUGGUGGAGGCACGCAGUGUCUACCCCAUCACCCGGACACAGCAGCUGGCCAGCGUGGUGGCAGGAUCUUUUGCAGCCAGCGCUCUCUAUGCCCGCAAAGAUCGGCUUCAGCGGCCCUCACACGUUGCCACCAAGACAUUUCAGGCGCUGCGUAUGUUUGUCAAUGAUGAGCUGAAUGAACUGCAUGCUGGACUCUGCACUGCUCAGACAAUGCUUAAACCUGGCGGCCGCCUCUGUGUGCUGACCUUCCAUUCACCAGAGGACCGCUUGGUAAAGCGUUUUCUCCAUGGAGAGGAUGUAGGUGCCCCACCCUGUCGGAGUCUCCAUCAGAGAGUCCAGCGAUGGGAGGACGAGGAGGAAGAAGAGAAUGAUGGGGAAAAGACAGUGGUCACUGAUUUGACCUACAGAGAGGUGCUGAUUCCACAGGCAGAAGACAUACUGGAGAACCCAUGGGGACGCUCAGCCAAACUCAGGGCAGCAUUCAAACAAUAACCCUCUGGAACUUGGCCUCAACCUGCACCAAUUAAAUCCUCCUUGUUUUUAACUAGACUACAGAACCACAGGCUGGUCUUCGUCAGACAUGACCAUACUGAUCAUAUCCAGGAACAGUCUCACUGAUGUCGGUCGGGUGACAUACAGAACAAAUGCCUUGUUAAUGGUGGAACUCUGAGGCUGACUGGUAUUUAACUGCCAUGCACUAAUAGUCAACAAUCCAUGUAGGCAUGUGCUCCUUAGUUAAUAGUAUACUCCGUGUUACUACUGAGUAUUUAUUUAAUUUAGUUCAAGUGACUUGUGUACACUACUUGAAGUAUAGGAAACACAAUUGUGUUGAAGCCUAAGUUGAAGAUAUCAAAGGUUAAGACAAGGAUUCUAAUAUCCCAUAACUCUUUGCAUAAAUGAGAAAGAAUUAGAAAAACAAAGGGGACAGCUAUGCUAGUUAGCAACGGCGCUGGUCCCAUGAAUCUGUUGAUUUUUCGAAAGAUUCUAAUCUGGGUAUCUUCAACCUAGGCUGAAGUGACAGAUACACGGAAGACAAAACGUCUCUCUCUCUCACUCUCACUCACUCACUCACUCACUCACUCACUCACUCACUCACUCACUCACUCACUCACUCACUCACUCACUCAAUUUGUACUGCAUUACUUUAUGGCUGAGCUGACACAGUUGCAUACAGUUGCAUACAGUAACAGUUCUGCCUUGAAUUCUGAGUUUCCUCAGUUCUCCCCGUUGGCUGAACCCAUAAUGUCUUUGCUCUCUUGACUAAUGAAUUAAUCAGAACAAUGUUGCCUCCAACCGAUUGAUGAGUAUCCAGAUCAACGGAUGUAGGCACUAAACUCCCUCACUGAUGUCUGUAUACUCCAGCAAUGAGAUAACAACUUCCUAGGUAGUUUUGGCCAAAUGUGUACUGCACUGCACUGCAUGAAUCAAUAAUGUCUUUAAAUACCAAGUGACUCAAGUGUCACAAGUGGUGGUGAAUGAGAGGAUGACUGUUUCAUUCAUGAGCCUUCUCCUCCAACUGUUAACAGAUGAGGUGUUUUGAUCUGUACUAUUGGACUUUGUCUAUUUGUAAUUGCUCCAUCAAGAGCAUCAACACUUUUCUUCCCCUCUGCCUCGUUCUGUACACUCUAAAUAUAUACUUCUUGUUACCUUGGAAACUAAACAGCACAAGUAACAUUUAACUGUGUCUAAAUGUGUUUGCUGUUUUAAAAUAUCUGCGAAACGAUGCCGUAUGUAUAAUUUUUACGCCCCUCCCUUUGAGGUCAGUCGACGUCACACAGUCGUCAUGGUUAUUUGAAUUCAAUUUGAAAUAGGAAUGGUAAUCCUGUUUGAUCUGUUCUUUAAUGAAUGGUCCAAGGGUUCUAAGCCCCUUACUCUGUAGACCCCCAUUCCUCCCCUCUAAUCAGGAAUGAUUCAGACGUGGAACACCUGGUGUAUGGAAUCUGAAUUCAAAACUCAAAAUGUGACUCUUUCCCUUUGAUGACCACAAUAUAACUGUGACUCAUAAUCGUGCAACUGGUGACAAUUCCAACCAUAAAUUCUUCUGUAGAUAUCCGCCAGCACCUGUACACAUCAUCUGCCUUUUCCUUCCUGUACACCCUAUCUGCCACCUGACCAAAUUAAAGCGUUCUUCAGUUCUCCAAAGUUUGUCUAACUUUAACCAAUUUAACAAACUUAGCUUUGUUUCUCCUGAUUUCUCAUAACCUGUGUCACCUUUUGUCUUUUACUAGUAAGGAAUGACCCCUCCUAAACAUGUUGCAAAUUCCACAUUCUUCUUUACACUCAAAUCUUUCAACAAGUCUUUUGUAUUACCUACAGUGGCUUGUGAAAGUAUUCACCCCCCUUGACAUUUUUCCUAUUUUGUUGCCUUACAACCUGGAAUUAAAAUGUUUUUUUGGGGGGGUUGUAUCAUUUGAUUUACACAACAUGCCUACCGCUUUGAAGAUGCAAAAUAUGUUUUUUUGGGUAUGAAACAAAGAAGAAAUAAGACAAAAAACUGAACUUGAGCGUGCAUAACUUUUCACCCCCCCAAAGUCAAUACUUUGUAGAGCCACUUUUUGCAGCAAUUACAGCUGCAAGUCUCUUGGGGUAUGUCUCUAUAAGCUUGGCACAUCUAACCACUGGGAUUUUGCCCAUUCUUCAAGGCAAAACUGCACCAGCUCCUUCAAGUUGAAUGGGUUCUGCUGGUGUACAGCAAUCUUUAAGUCAUACCACAGAUACUCAAUUGGAUUGAGGUCUGGGCUUUGACUAUGCCAUUUGAAGACAUUUAAAUGUUUCCCUUUAAACCACUCGUGUUGCCUUAGGGUCAUUGUCCUGCUGGAAGGUGAACCUCCGUCCCAGUCUCAAAUCUCUGGAAGACUGAAGCAGGUUUCCCUUAAGAAUUUCCCUGUAUUUAGCGCCAUACAUGAUUGCUUAAAUUCUGACCAGUUUCCCAGUCCCUGCGGAUGAAAAACAUCCCCACAGCAUGAUGCUGCCACCACCAUGCUUCACUGUCAGGAUGGUGUUCUCGAGGUGAUGAGAGGUGUUGGGUUUGCGCCAGACAUAGCGUUUUCCUUGAUGGCCAAAAAGCUCAAUUUUAGUCUCAUCUGACCAGAGUACCUUCUUCCAUAUGUUUGGGGAGUCUCCCACAAGCCUUUUUGCGAACACCAAAAGUGUUUGCUUAUUUUCUUCUUUAAUCAAUGGAUUUUUUUCUGGCCACUCUUCCAUAAAGCCCAGCUCUGUGGAGUGUAGGGCUUAAAGUGAUCCUAUGAACAGAUACUCCAAUCUCCACUGUGGAGCUUUGCAGCUCCUUCAGGGUUAUCUUUGGUCUCUUUGUUGCCUCUCUGAUUAAUGCCCUCCUUGCCUGUUCCAUGAGUUUUGGUGGGCAGCACUCUCUUGGUAGGUUUGUUGUGGUGCCAUAUUCUUUAAUUUUUUAAAUAAUGGAUUUAAUGGUACUCUGUGGGAUGUUCAAAGUUUUGAAUAUUUUUUUAUAACCCAACCCUGAUCUGUACUUCUGCACAACUUUGUCCCUGGCCUGUUUGGAUAUGCUUGGUGGUGCCCCUUGCUUAGUGGUGUUGCAGAUUCUGGAGCCUUUCAGAACAGGUGUAUAUAUACUGAGAUCAUGUGACAGAUCAUGUGACACUUAGAUUGCACACAGGUGGACUUUAUUUAACUAAUUGUGUGACUUCUGAAGGUAAUUGGUUGCACCAGAUCUUAUUUAGGGGCUUCAUAGUUAAGAGGGUGAAUUACAUACGCAUGCACCACUUUUCAGAUUUGUAUUUUUUGGUAUUUUUUGAAACAAGUUAUUUUUUUCAUUUCACUUUACCAAUUUGGACUAUAUUGUGUAUGUCCAUUACAUGAACUACAAAUAAAAAUCUAUUUAAAUGGCCUCCCGGGUGGCGCAGUGGUCUAGGGCACUGCAUCGCAGUGCUAACUGCGCCACCAGUGUCUCUGGGUACGCGCCCAGGCUCUGUCGCAGCCGGCCGCGACCGGGAGGUCCGUGGGGCGACGCACAAUUGGCAUAGCGUCGUCCGGGGUAGGGAGGGUUUGGCCGGUAGGGAUAUCCUUGUCUCAUCGCGCUCCAGCGACUCCUGUGGCGGGCUGGGCGCAGUGUGGCGGGCCGGGCGCGCCAACCAAGGGGGCCAGGUACACGGUGUUUCCUCCGACACAUUGGUGCGGCUGGCUUCCGGCUUGGAGGCGCGCUGUGUUAAAGAAGCAGUACGGCUGGUUGGGUUGUGCUUCGGAGGACGCAUGGCUUUCGACCUUCGUCUCUCCCGAGCCCGUACGGGAGUUGUAGCGAUGAGACAAGGUAGUAAUUACUAGCGAUUGGAUACCACGAAAAUUGGGGAGAAAAUGGGGUAAAAAAAAAAAAUGUAAAAAAAAAAAAAAAAUCUAUUUAAAUUACAGGUUGUAAUGUAACAAAAUAGGAAAAAAUGCCAAGGGGGAUGAAUACGUUUGCAAGGCACUGUAUAGCGGUCAACAAUUGUUGUCAGUUUUCUCUGUUUUACAUUAUAUGCUCUUGUUUAUGGAUCCUGAUUUGGCAACAUUAAGACUUGUAAUGUACAUUGUGAACAUCAAUUGAGUUAACCUUGUGUGGAGGGGAAUGAGCAUAAUGCAGAUAUGUCAGUGGUUGUAAAUGAGACUGACCUGUACUUGUAUGUUCUCAAUUACCAUGGAAACAGUGGCUUAAGUAAACAGUCGUUGGGAUAACUUGCUCUAUUAUUAACAGCCAUGUAUCAAUCAUGGAUUGAAAUCCUACCAAGUAAUAAGUAAUACCUACCAGGAAGAUGUUAAUCAGUUCUCAGAAGCCUGUUUCUGGCUAAGUCUUUCAGUGUGCAGACAAGAGUUACACACGUCCGUCCCCAUGUACUAGCAAAAGGUGUGUAUUGGGUCAGUUGCCAUAGGAACAAACUCACAAAACCGAUUUCUUAACUCACCUCAGUUUUCUGAGAAAGGAUUUACAGAGGAAACUUGUAACUGAAUGCAAAUAAAAAAUGA